CCUAUUCUUCACACAUAUUAUCAGGCAGGGGACCUGGUUGUUGCAGGCAUUAUUUCUCAGAUUUAUAUAUUUUCCAGAAAAAUGAACUUCGAAAAGUGUCCGUCCCAGGAGCUGUUUGACGAUUAUAUUUAUUUCUGUGCAAGCUGGACCUACCUUGCUUCAAUGGAACUUCUAUCUCCAGGAAACAAGUUCACCCCCAACUACAAGUGUGGAUUCCAGUACAAUCCAGCAGCAGUCAUUGGGGGACCAAAUUCUAACAUCUGCCACUUUAUGACAACCAUCCUGUACAACUACAAAAUUCCACAGCUCACAUAUGGCUCUGCCCCAGUGAUGAAUACCAAAACACAAGGAGAAUUUUUCUACAAGAUGUUCCCAGGAGGGUCCCAUCAGUACUGGGGAAUUCAGCAGUUACUGCUUCAUUUUAGGUGGACUUGGAUUGGUGUGACUUAUCUGAACGAUGAUAAUGGGGAGAGGUUUGUGCACAAGGUGCUUCCCAUGUUUGCAAAAAGUGGCAUCUGCUUUGAAUUCAUACAGAAACUUCCAGAGUUGACAUUUUCCAAUGACGCUGACAUGAUUGUAAGCGAAGGAAUAGAAACAUGCCAAGUUAUCAUGGGAAGCAGUGCCACCGUGCUGCUUGUACAUGGUGAAAUUCAGACAACGGUUGUCUGGAGAAUGUUACUCCACUUCUCAGAGUUUGAUGGGAUACUGAAAAAGACAAAGGUGUGGAUUAUGACGGCCCAGAUGGAUUUCGCAUCACUCCCUUUUCAGAGGAGUUGGGGUCUAGAUUUCAUCCAUGGGACUUUAUCCUUUGCCAUGCAUUCAGAGGAGGUGUUAGGCUUUCAGAAAUUUCUUCACUCCAAAAGCCCCGUGCCAGAAAGAGGAGAUGGAUUUAUUAGGACCUUCUGGGAACACGCAUUUCAUUGUUUCUUUCCCAGCUCCAACCUAGAUAAUACUGAUGAAUUCUGUACAGGGGAAGAGAAACUGGAGUCUCUUCCUGGAAUUAUUUUCGAAAUGGAAAUGACUAGCCAUAGCUACAGUAUCUACAAUGCAGUCUAUGCUGUAGCCCAUGCUUUACAUGCCAUGUAUUUCUCCAGCAUUCAAUACAGGACACCAAUGGACAGAAGGAGAUGGAUGCUUCUGAAUCAAAAGCCAUGGCAGCUUCACCCGUAUCUGUGGACUGUCUCUUUUAACAACAGUGCUGGGGAGCAGAUUUCCUUUGACCAAAACAGAGAAUUAGUUGCUGGGUUUGAAAUUAUUAAUUGGGUUACAUUCCCAAACAAAUCCUUCCUUCGAGUCAAAGUUGGACGGACGGAUCCUCAUGCACCUCCAGACAAAGCGCUUACCAUUUUUGAGGAUGCCAUAGUGUGGCCCAGGCAACUUAACCAGGCACGGCCCAUUUCCAUGUGUAAUGACAACUGUAACCCAGGUUAUAGAAAGACCAAGAAGGAAGGCAAGCCAUUUUGCUGCUAUGAUUGCCUUCCAUGCCCAGCAGGGAAGAUUUCAGAUAAAACUGAUAUGAACGAUUGUUUUUACUGCUUGGAAGAUCAAUAUCCAAACCGUGACCAGGAUUUGUGCAUUCAAAAAAAUAUCAUUUUCUUGUCUUACGAAGAGCCCUUGGGGAUCUGUUUGGCCCUUCUUGCUCUUUUCCUCUCUUUCAUGACAGUGUUCAUGCUUGGGAUCUUCAUUAAGCACCAGGACACUCCCAUAGUCAAAGCCAACAAUCGGACCUUGACCUACAUUCUCCUCACUUCUUUGCUGCUCUCUUUUCUUUGUGUUUUCUUAUUCCUGGGUCAACCUGAGAGAAUAAUAUGUUUCCUCCGACAAACCACCUUUGGGGUCAUCUUUUCCCUGGCUCUCUCUUCUGUUUUGGCCAAAACGAUUUUAGUGAUUUUAGCUUUUAUGUCCACCAUGCCAAGGUCUUGGAUGAGGAAGUGGAUGGGAAAACACCUGGCCAUCUCUAUUGUUCUUUGCUGCUCCCUUAUUCAAGCCACCAUUUGUAUCGUUUGGUUGGCAACUUUCCCCCCAUUUCCUGAUUUUGACAUGCAGUCAAUGGCUGAAGAAAUUGUACUUGAAUGUAAUGAAGGUUCACCAGUUAUGUUUUACUCUGUCCUGGGCUUUUUGGGAUUCCUGGCCACUGUCAGCUUCAUUGUAGCCUUCCUUGCCAGAAAGUUACCUGAAAACUUCAAUGAAGCCAAGUUCAUUACCUUCAGCAUGUUAAUUUUCUGCACUGUUUGGCUGUCAUUUGUUCCAACUUAUUUGAGUACCAAGGGGAAAUAUAUGGUGGCUGUAGAGAUCUUUUCUAUUUUAGGGUCUGGGAUGGGAUUACUUGGCUGCAUCUUUUUGCCCAAGUGCUAUGUCAUUUUACUGAAGCCAGAGCUGAACCAUAAGAAACAUUUAAUAAGAAAUGAGAAUCUUAAAGGUUUAUGCCUUUGGGUCCAUGUAAAUAAGUAA